CUAUCAUCCCAUGUUCAUCUCUCACUACUCUGCUUGACGACUUCCUUUCUCGGAACCCCUCAUUUCAGCAAAACAUCAAACUUUUCUCUUUAGAGGAAAUAUCUCAAAAUGACAUCCACCAAAGCGGAAGAAAUCACCAACCCGCGCCGAAUCCUAGCGGUUGCCCUCACCGACUCCUCAGACCAUCUCGGUGCUGUUAUCAGAGACCUAACCGGCACCGCACCCACCCCCCAACAACAACCACCCUCACAAGAAGAAGAUGCAUCAGAACACACGACGGAACCCUCCCUAGCAGGAACAACCCACCCCCUCCCCCUCUCCACGCCCUACUACACCGCCCAAAUCCCCAUCUGGCUCGACCUGAUAUCUUCCCCCGCCGACUGGUCAGCGAGCUUUCUGAGCGAGGAGGCGAAGGAGGUGCUGGGGGUGCUUGGUGGUGUUGUUUGUGUUUUUGAGGUUCCUUCUUCCAAGUCUGAGAAGGCAGUCUAUGAAAGCCAAAAUGAAAAGACGAGGGAGUUGAUCGAGGGGGUAGGAAAGGUGGUUAGGGAGGGUUUGGGCGGGUGGGAGUGGGAAGGGGUUGCGUUGGCUGUUGGUGUUACUACUACGGUUGGGGGCAAGGUUGGUGGUGGAGAUGAAAUGGAUGCCGACGACGACAUGGAGGAGGAGAUCAAUGAGUGGGAUGAUUUGUGUGCGGAGUGGGGGUUGGAGUUUGUUCAUCAUCGUCGGGUUGUGCCUGAUACCGCUCUGAAAGGAAAGGGGAAGAAGGAGGCGGUGGAUAACAACGACAAGAGAAACGAGUACGGCGAAAAGAUGGGCAUCGCGCGAGCGCUCGAGGCGCUGCAGUCUAAUGACUGGUCAGGCGGAGACGGGACCGGGUCUACGGAGGGGGACAACAACAAUCGUGGGCCGUUCGACGAGUCUGAAGACGAAGAUGCCGACUACAUUGACGAGAACAACUGGGAUACGGAGGAUGAGUUUGAUCUUGGCUUUGGGUACACCAAGAAGCAGAAGAUGGAGAUGCGGAAGGCGUUUUGGAAGGGGACUGAGGAAUCGAAUCGGACGACGGAAGAAGAGUUGAAGGCAUUUAGGAGUGUGACGCAGACGAUAGAUGGGUCGAUAGGGAGUGAGUGGGACGCGAAGAUGAAGAAGCAGGCGAGAGAAGGGUUUUGGAAGUCACUUGAGGAGGAGGUGCAGGAGGCGAAGAAGAAGGGGGAGGGCAAGAAGGGGGAGUCUGCUGCUGCCGCUGACGCAGCAAAGGCUGGACCGAGUGCUGGGUCUGGGUCUGGGGCGGCAGACAAGGUGGAGAAGGAAGAGGAGAAGAAUGGGGAUGACGAGGAAGAUGUGAUAGGAGAGGAAGAUGUGGAGAGGAUUGCCAAGAUGAUGCUCAAGCUGCAAGCGGUUAGGGACAUGAGCGGCACAGUACCGGAGGAGCAGAGGAAAAAGUUGGCGUUGAAGGCUGUUGAGGAGGUCAUGAGGGAGUUGUAGCGUCUAUGGAAUCGAAGUAUGCUAGAAACAGACGCAGUUGGUAUCUUCAGUCACAGAAUUCAUCAACUUAUCGAUUGCAUC